CUGACCUAUCAUAGAGUUAGGCCCACACCUGCAAGCGCUAGAGGCUAAGGAGAUUGGCUGGCGCAAGAAAAUUACACCUGUGGGGGUGGAGGGGGGCCUGCUACAUGUAAACCAAGCUCUUUACAAAUUCUGUCUCUCGUCUCGAAGAGGUUAAACAGGUAGCAUCACCUCGAGCUCCCGGCAAAGCGCGUCUUCGCUCCGACAAAGGCUCACCUGUCGACUUCGGUACUUUUUGUUAGUUUUACGCCCAGUGCUGCGUUGGGAAUCCGGCUCCCAGCCCAAGAUGGUCUCCUUCCGUCUGCAACAUGGCUUUCGGAGGCAGAAAUUUUAAGGGCGUCGUUCUUCCGAAGAGAAAAGACGGGGACGUUCUUCUGAAACAGUAAAACAACACCGUGCGGUUUCUGACCGUUGGACCAUUUUAAGGAUUGAAGGAAGGCCCUGCUGCACUGGUUUAUAAUGCUGAUGAUUAACCAAAUAGAGGCUGGGAGCGCAGGUCUGCUUGUGGUUUUCAUUGCAUGGGUCCUGACUGAGCGAGAAGAAGCUAAAGGCUUUACAAGCACUUGGUGGAAAUAUCCAAGCCGGUUGCUGGGGAGAGACAGUGAUGUCAUUAGUGAGCUGUGUAGAGCCCCAUCAGCCCGGAGAAGAGCCAGAUGCUGGACAGAGACCGGACCAACAACAUGUCCUGAGAGACACACAGCAAAUGAUGGAGGAUCAGGAACAAUCAGAUGAGAAGGAGAUGGACAACGUGUUAAAUGCUGAGGGUGAAGUGAAUAAAGAUGAACAGCGGAAGGAGAACCAGGAGGUAUGGAGAAAAGGGGCCACUCAGAAGAUACACAGACGUCAUGUAAAACAGCCAGAUGGAACCCUGGCAGUGAGUGUUUCAUUUGUUGAGAGGGACAGAGACAGGCGUCUUGAAGAUCCACGAGGUCCUGGACCCUUCUUCUUUUUUGGAGGGAACAAUGGGGCCUCCAUAGUUGUUUCAUAUUGUGAGAGUCGAGGCUGGCAGCGCAUAUAUGACAAGAACAGACUGGACUACAAACUGAAGUGGUGUGAAACCAAAUCACCUGCUACCUACUACAACUUCAAAGCAGGUGGCCAGUUGCUUUACCAGAUACCCAAUAAUAAAGUCCUGACCACUAAGAUCGGUCUGCUGAACAGCCUACGAGAGUAUGAGAGAGUCAGCAGCAAAGUCAACUAUGGGCGUGUAAACAGGAGAAUGAAGAUAGAGGAUUUUCUCCCUGUCACUUACCGUAUGGAUGUGAAAGAUGAGAGAGAGGCCUUCUUUAAUGGUGUAUGCAAUGACAAAAGUAGCAUGUGGAUCUGCAAACCAACAGGCCUUAACCAAGGCCGUGGUAUUUUUUUAAUGAGGACACCAGAAGACAUAGCAGCAUUCAGAGAAAGACUACAGAGCACAAUGGAACAACAGACAAACAAGAGGUCACCUUUCAGUUUACCACAAGCUCGGGUUGUUCAACAGUAUAUCCAGAAGCCCUUGCUACUUCAGGGCAGGAAAUUUGAUGUGCGGUCAUACUUUCUGAUUGCUUGUACUUCACCACACAUGGUGUUUUUUCGCCAUGGUUACAUCCGAUUGACAUGUAACCAUUAUGACCCCAAUUCAGACAACAUCACAGCUCACCUAACCAAUCAAUACAUGCAGAAAAAGAAUCCUCUCUACAGUCUACUAAAGGAAGAGACGGUUUGGUCAAUGGAGCACUUUAAUACCUACAUCAAUGAGACAUACAUGGCGCCUAAGGGUCUGCCCAAAGAUUGGGCUCUGGGUCCUUUUGCUAAAAGGAUGCAGCAAAUUAUUAUGCACUGUUUUCAGGCUGUUAAAGCAAAACUGGACUGCAGACUCGGUUACUUUGACCUAAUUGGUUGUGACUUCUUGAUUGAUGAGAAUUUCAAGGUCUGGUUGCUAGAGAUGAACUGUAACCCUGCGCUGCAUACUAACUGUGAAGUAUUGAAAGAAGUUAUUCCCAGCACAGUCACAGAGACCCUCGACCUGGCUUUGGAAAUCUUCAAGAAGUGUUGCUGUGGGCAGAAGCUGCUGCCCUUAAACCAUCAAAGAGACUUUCUAUUGCUGUAUGAUGGUGAGUCGAUGGCCAUGAAAAAGCAAAUGCAGAAAACCUCAGGGUCAUUGGCAAACUUUAACCCAAAGAACACUAACAAAACAUACAAAUCUGCUCUCAUAGCAACACCAACAUGGAAAUCAACCAACAGGUGCGCCAAGUGUCCCAUUAGUGGUGUCACGACAGAACCUCCAGCCAAACGUCCUGCAACUUCUACUGUCUCUGUUUGGUCCAAUACCAGCCCACCUUCACAACAGCCCAUAGAGUUACCACACAAACCUUCAGGUGGAGCAGCCGUAACGCAGAAGACCCGGAUCCCCAGAACUCAAGAAACGAAUCAGCUCCGACCUCACCAGCCCAAACCUGUUCGUGCUCGUGUAGAGCUGCACCUCAGCAAGUGCACCUGGCACGAGCCAGCGACUUCCAACCUCAACGUUCCUCCACGCAUGCUGCCUGUGAGAAGUGCUAUCAGGUCUCUGUCUACACCAUUCCCCAGCAAAGCCUCAAACUCUACACAAGGAGUUGGAGCUCAAAGCACGCAGAUGGACAACAGGGACCAUAUAAGCUGCAACCUGAAGACGUCCAAAAUUCAUUUUGCUCAUGUGGACAAAAGGGAGCCCAAAGAAAAGGAUGGAUGAUGAAAAGAUGAUAAACUGAGAGUCUGACCACUCGUUGCCUAAAAAAGUUUUAUAAUAAUAGAAUAAUCUAUAUCUGACCUACAGUAACCUACCCUAUGCUUUUGACUAAUAUGCUGUUCCUCAUCAACAUCAUUGUUUCAAUAAAUUGCCACAUGGUGUUAAGGGAUGCUUUGAAAGUAGGCUACUUUAAGAUCCUUACUCGAUGUUUACAUUUGUUUUUUUACGCAAUAAGGUUUGUGGGUUUAGGCUAUUGUCAAUGCUGCGUUGGAGACGAACCUCUUGUCAAACGUCAUGGCACAUUAAAGAGCACCAAAACGGUAUUUGAAUUAAUGUAUUAAACAUAGAGAGCAGACUUUGUUUCAUAUCAUUUCGCGCUAUGGAAAAAAAAAAAAAAAUGAGUUAGCGCCUCGCUAUCUUACUGGAAGUCAAUGAUCUUGAGGUCGUGCUGUCGCGGAGUUUAUCGAUUCGAUAGCCGAGCUGAGAGGUCAGAUGUCCAACUUCGUACCAGUCCAGACGUUAUUUUCGAAGUUGAGGUCUAAGUCUUUGCAAUAGUCAUGGCUAAAGGCUGGAAUAGACUUUUGCUCAGAUUUUGCCCAGAUUUUCAGUCUGGACUUGUUGCAGAAAGUCUGCGCUAGUCUGCAGGUUUUAUCGCAUAUUGUGUGAUGCCCUGUUUUUCUCUGCAAACUUUCAAAAAGUCUGCAAGUGUGUGAUGUCUAGUUUUUUUUGGUCUGUUCAGAUUUUAAAAGUUGUGUAGUGUAUUCCAGCCAUAAGGGGCAGAGUGCAUGCAUUUCAGUUAUGACUGUAUUCACAAUAGUGAAAAGAGUGUCUGAUUUAGGGCUAUCACCAUAUCCAAUUUUUUUACGCGGUUAUUCUGCUCAAAAGAAUUCACGAUAACAAUAUUUUGAGAUAUACUGUAUAUUGGAAUUAAAAAGAA